GUCUCAGCCGCGUCGUCGCAUCCACCCGCAGGCUGACCCACGGUCGUACAAAUCAUGGCCGCACCCACGGUACCGGGAACCUCCCCAUUGGCGGCUCUCGAGCAGCUACCCAGAGCCACGGUUGCGAUCGGUGUGUUGGGCGCCCUGGUUAUUGCGUAUCUCGUUCGCGUCGCGCUAAGGUGGUUCCGCUUGUCGCACGUUCCCGGGCCCUUCUGGGCAGCCUUCUCUUCGGCGUGGAUGGUGAAGGAAUCGCUCAAGGGCAGACAGCCGCUCGCUAUCAAGCAAGUCACCGAUAAGUAUGGUUCGCUCGCGCGGAUUGGGCCAAAUGAGCUGGUCACAGAUGAUCCAGAGGUCUUGCGCAGGAUGAUGGCUGUCCGCUCUGCGUACACGAGAGGCCCAUGGUACGACGCAAUGCGCUUCGAGCCUGGAAAGACUAAUCUCUUCGCUAUGCGCGACGAAGCUGCCCACACCAAGCUACGCAACAAGAUGGCGGCCGGGUAUUCCGGCAAGGAAAACGAGUCGAUGGAAGGCACCAUCGACUUCCAAAUCUCGCAGCUCGUUUCGCUCAUCGAGUCCAAGUACCUCUCUUCAUCUGACUCGUACCGCCCCAUGGACUUCGCCCAAAAGGCGCAAUACUUCACCCUCGACGUCAUCAGCCAUCUUGCAUUCGGACAUGCCUUUGGCUAUCUCGUCGAAGACGGCGACGUCUAUGAUUACAUCAAGAUCACGAAUUCGUACAUUCCCAUCAUGAUGAUUGUAGCUAACAUACCGUCUCUGGCGAACGUGCUGCAUUCGCGACCUCUGAGGGGACUACUUCCUAAAGAAAGUGAUAAGCUCGGUUUUGGGGCUUUCAUUGGCGUCGCCAAGAAGGUCGUAGCAGAUCGCUUUGGACCAUCCGCGAAAUCUCAACCCGACAUGCUCGGCUCCUUCAUCCGCCAUGGGCUCAAUCAGGAGGAAGCGUCCGGCGAGGCGCUGCUUCAGGUCAUCGCUGGCAGUGAUACCUCAGCUUCUACCAUCCGAGCUGUCAUGCUCCAUCUCCUCGCAAACCCAGUGGCGUACAGAAAGCUCCAGCAAGAAAUCGACACCUUCAUCUCCUCUGGAGAAAUCUCCUCGCCCAUCAAAGACUCCGAAGCACGUCAAAUGCCCUACCUCCAAGCCGUCAUUAAAGAGGGGUUGAGAAUCCUACCCCCGGCGGGCGGCACUUUCUUCAAGGAGGUCCCGCCCGGAGGCGACACGAUUGACGGGAAGUUCAUCCCUGCUGGAACGCAAAUCGGAUCCUCGCCGCUGGGAAUCCAUCACUCGAAGAAGAUAUUCGGUCCAGAUUCAGAGCUGUACAGGCCUGAGCGGUGGCUGCAAGCGGAUCCAGAGCACCUUGCGCAGAUGACGAAUACCGUGGAUCUCGUCUUUCACUAUGGCAAGUACCAGUGUCUGGGCAAGACGGUGGCGUUGAUGGAGUUUAAUAAGAUUUUUGUGGAGCUUUUGAGGAGGUUCGACUUUGCGCUUGCGAAUCCUGAGCAUCCGGCACAUAUCGCCAACGCGGGAAUCUGGAUCAUAGAAGACUUCUGGGUUCGGAUUACGCGACGGGGAGGGUGAAUGUUGGGUCAAAGAUGCUCUCUCAAGAGUUCUGCGGCAUCGUUGCAUAGCUUGCGUUAUCGCGCCAUGCUUGUCUUCUCAUCCGGCAUCCUGAAUCUAAUUCUUUAUACUCUCUUUCGCUGUUCUCUCGUGCUAAGCAUUUUCUAUGUGGAAGCUGUCGGCUGUAGCUCGGGGUCGUGCCCGAAGGCGCCUGCUCAGUCUGCCGUCGAGCUACUGUAAGGUAUGUGACCUGUAAUGCUCCUUACACUAUAUCGCCUCCCAUCAUAUAGAAC